AUGCUGAGGAGAAUAAAGAAGUUCAAACGCCGCGAGUGUGGAAGGAAGGCCUUGUGGAGCGCCACCGGAGGUUUUGGUGGAGGUGGCGGCGCGAAAGCUGUAAAUUUUGUGCUUGUUGAGAGUUCGUUUUCUCCUGCAAACACUCAACGCAAAGAACAAAAAGCCCUAAUUCAAUUCACAGCGACGAAAAAGUUUUUCUUUUAUCGGAUUCUAUCGAUUUCACAGCGAUGGAACCUUCGAUCGGUAGGAUCCACGGAGUCGUGCGCUUAUUCUGAUCCUUCCAUACUGAGCGGAGGCUGA